ACGCCGUGGCCGCGUGACCCCAUCCUGGGCCGGGCUCGCCAGCGGGGCUGCCCUGCAGCCCUCGAAGGUGCCCGCGCCCGCCGCCUUCCCCCGGCUCUCCCCGCUGUCUGUCCCUCCUGCGGCCACCUGCCCGAGACCCUGCCCUCACGGCGCCCGGCCCGGUGUCGCCCGCAGAGGCGCGGCAUGAAGGGCAAGGCCCGGAAGCUGUUCUACAAGGCCAUCGUCCGGGGCAAGGAGACCCUGCGCGUCGGGGACUGCGCGGUCUUCCUGUCCGCCGGCCGCCCCAACCUGCCCUACGUCGGCCGCAUCGAGAGCCUGUGGGAGUCGUGGGGCAGCAACAUGGUGGUGCGGGUCAAGUGGUUCUACCACCCCGAAGAGACCAAGCUGGGCAAGCGGCACAGUGAUGGGAAGAAUGCCUUGUACCAGUCCUGCCACGAGGACGAAAAUGACGUGCAGACCAUCUCCCACAAGUGCCAGGUCGUGGGCCGCGAGCAGUACGAGCAGAUGGCGCGGAGCCGCAAGUGCCAGGACCGGCGGGACCUCUACUACCUGGCGGGCACCUACGACCCCGCCACGGGGCGCCUGGUGACGGCCGAGGGCGUGCCCAUCCUGUGCUGAGCCUGCGCCCGCCCGGUGGCGCCCGCGGUGCCCGGUGCGCGGAGCUGGGGGGGGACUCGGACGGAUGACGCCGGCCCCACCCCGCCGAGCGGGAGGCGGGGCAAGUAAACAAAUAUGCAAACCCACCGGGGCAAGACCCAGGCUUUUUUAUUAAUUUCCCUGGAAAGAGGGAGCUCCUGGGCCUCGGCACCCAGUCCCGCCACCGCUGCCCGCAGCGGGGUCACGGUGCCACCCGCCCCCCGGCCCCCAGGACCCCGGGCGCUCUGCUUUCCCAUCGGCAGUUCACGAGAGAUUAGAAACCAAGCCAUAUUUUCCCUAGUACCUCCGACUGUCUCCCACCAGGGAAAGCAGAAAUCAGGUGUGUUGUCUAUUUAUUUCUCUCUGUAAAUAUUGUAUUUCUUUGGGGAAGUUUUAUGGGGGGGGGAAGGCGGGAAAGGGUUCCUUUUCCCCACGAGGGUGUGUGUGCACGCGUGUGUGUGCGUGCACACGCGUGUGUGUGCGUGUGUGUGUGCGCGCGUUUGCGGGGUUUUGUUCUGGGGAGUUUUCUUUGAAAAUGCACUGUUUCCUCAGCCUCGCUGAGUCCCGCCUGGGGCAUCUGUGACUACAGGGGCCGCCGGGGGGCCGGGCCGGACCCCGGGUCACCCCACCGACCCCUCGGGGGACUGGGUCACGUGGAAGUCACGCUCGAGUUUAUUUCCUUUUAACCCGUCUCCUGGGGGAAAAGUGUUAGGGGGAGGGUGCGCCCGUGAGGGCCCCCCAGGGAGAGGGGGUCCCAGAAGCUGAAAUAAACAGCAGCCCCCCGCCGAGCGCAACGGCAGCCACACGUCUCUUACCUCUGUUCAGACGGAACAAAAAUGAACAAAUGUUUGAAAGUGUUGAUAUGAAAAAGCGAUGUUUUGAUUUCAUUUCCUGAAUAUCCCACGUUCUUUCUGAUGUCCGUUUGUCCGGCCGCUGCGGAGAGCAGGGGCCUCUGGGCCUUUUCUGAAGCCUCUUGGCAGGGCCGGCGGCCUGGCGGNGGGUGGCGCUUGGGGCAAGAACAGGGGUGCCCCAGCCCACACCCCAGCCCCGAGAGGGGGGCUGUUCCCCCUCUGCCCAGCGCCCUGGGUACCACAGUGCCAGGCGGGCAUCCCAGACCCUCAGAACUUGUCACUUCUUCACUUCUCCUGAGGCCAAAAGGGACAGACGGGGCCAGCUGCUCAGAGGCUCCUCUGGCCCCCCCCCCGGGAGCCCCAGGAAAGCCCCCCAAGUUAGCCAUUGCUCCUUAGGAUGAGCUCUCGUGUGACCUACAGACACAGCCUAGGUUCCCUGGAAACAAGGGGUGUUGGCGGGUGCCUGGCACCCCAACCCCGGCCCCUCUCGCCCCUCUUUCUUUCUGACCAGGAAACCCUCCGGCUGCCUGGAAGCCCCUCCUACUACUCCUGGCAGUUCUGCGGGAAGCGCAGGGACCAGGAGGGGGGUCCCCUGCGCCCCGGCUUACCUCCUCCACCCCGCCUCCCCUUUCGUCUCCCCACGAGUGCAAUAUUUCAUUCCUGGCGGCCGUCUGCGUAGACGGCAGCCGAGGCCCUGCUUGCGGCUGGGGGCACGGAAAGAUGCUGAUGGAGAAAGUCAGGCCAGGAGCCCAGGGCCGUGGGGACAGCCCCAGCCCGCAGCUAGAGCCCGAGGCUGUUUGCAACCCAGGCAGCAGGCGGGGUGGGGGGCCCCCUCUCCUCGCUGACCCUUCCCUCUGCAGGAGCCCUGUCCUUCGCUGUCUCUCCCCGUCCCUCCGGCGGCCUGCGUGUGACGCCCCCGCACCCGGCAGAAGCCCGGCUGUUGUAAAUGUGUAAACUAAGGGGGGAGGGGGGUUUUUUUCAAUGUAAACACUAAAAACAAACAAAAACACAAAGGUUUUAUGAACAGCAAACUCUAUGUAAAUGCAUUUUAGUAUUAAAUUUUUUAUUGAUAACUUGCUUAACAAUAAAUAUAUGAACUAUUGUACAGGUU